UCUCUCCCCCACCGCCUCUCGCCAUGUCCGCCUCGUGCGCCGCCGACGGCGCCCUCUCCGCCGCGCAGCUGGCGCACUUCCAGCGCGACGGCUAUCUCGUGCUGCGCUCCUUCUUCGACGCCUUUGCGCCCCUCGCACGUGCGCAGCAGCUCGUGCAGGCCUUCCAGCCGGCCCACCAUCCCCUCACGCGCUUCGCCACGGGCGACGAGGACGAGGGCGAGGCGCGCCAUGUAGGCGAUGACUACUUUCUCGACUCGGGCGACAAGGUGCGCUGGUUCCUCGAGGAGGAGGCCGUCGCGCAGGGGCAGCUGACGCGCGCGCCCGAGCUGAGCGUCAACAAGGUCGGGCAUGCACUGCACGCCCUCGAUCCCACCUUCCACGCCCUCUCCUUCUCGCCGCGCAUUGCCGCCCUCGUGCGCUCGCUGCACACGCACACGUCGCCGCGCGUGCUGCAGAGCAUGGUCAUCUGCAAGCAGCCCGAGAUCGGCGGCCAGGUGCGGCCGCACAACGACUCUACCUUUCUCUACACCGACACACCCAGCGCACUGGGCCUCUGGUUUGCAUUGGAGCAAUGCACGGCGACGAAUGGCGCGCUGAGCUUCAUCAAGGGCAGCCAUCGGCACGCGCCAGGCGCGCAGCUGCAAGAGGCGAGCAGGCCGCGAGACGACGGCCAGGAGCAGCGGCUGGGCAGGCAGCGCGGCGUCAAUCGCCGCUUUGUGAGAGCGCAGGCAGGCGGUACGGAGUUUGUGCAACUCGCCACCGCGGAAGAAGAGCCGUGGGAUGCGGGCAAGGCGGUCAUGGAGGAAUGCGAGCCGGGCGAUCUCGUCCUCAUUCACGGCUCAGUCAUGCAUCAGAGCAACAAGAAUUUGUCGAGCAAGAGCCGCUACAUCUACACUGUGCGUGUGCUA